UUUUUUGUUUGGCUCUACUUUUUUUCCACUUGACAUUUCUUUUAAAGCAAUAAGUGUUGCUAGCUGCGGGUGACGGCUUGUCUUUAUAUUCUUUUUCCACAUACAGGGGAAAAAAAGAAAUGCCAACGACAUAUUAGUUGCCGUUCAGUGCACUGUGGCCGCCCAGAGUGCCACUGCCGUGACACCGGACUGCGAUGAUCGUGUCCAACGUGAGCCUGAGCGGCUGCGCAGGGGUCAACAGCGCUCUGUGUGCCGGAGCCGGGGAAGGGCACCUGGGGGGAGGCUCAUACCGGACCACCCUCUCUCCGACAGGGCACCUGAUUGUGGCUGUGUGCUUGGGCUUCAUCGGCACUUUCGGACUUAUGAACAACCUGCUGGUGCUCGUGCUCUUCUGUCGGUACAAGAUGCUGCGGUCGCCGAUCAACCUGCUCCUGAUUAACAUUUCCAUCAGCGACUUGCUGGUGUGCGUACUGGGGACUCCGUUCAGCUUCGCGGCCAGCACGCAGGGAAGGUGGCUCAUAGGAGAAGGGGGAUGCGUGUGGUACGGCUUCGCCAACUCCCUCUUCGGCAUCGUGUCCCUGAUCUCCCUGGCUGUCCUCUCCUAUGAGCGCUACAGCACCAUGAUGGCCCCCACUGAGGCGGACUCCUCAAACUACUAUAAGAUCUCCCUGGGCAUCACCCUGUCCUGGGUCUACUCCCUCAUCUGGACCCUGCCACCACUCUUUGGCUGGAGCCAGUACGGCCCAGAGGGGCCCGGGACCACCUGCUCUGUCGACUGGGAGGCCAAGACGGCAAAUAACAUAUCUUACAUCAUCUGCCUGUUUGUCUUCUGCCUCAUCGUGCCAUUCCUGGUGAUCAUAUUUAGCUACGGGAAGCUGCUUUGCGCCAUCAGACAGGUGAGUGGGAUCAAUCCAUCGAUGAGCAGGAAACGAGAGCAGCGCGUGUUAUUCAUGGUGGUGGUUAUGGUGAUCUGCUACCUAUUGUGCUGGCUGCCAUAUGGCAUCAUGGCCCUGGUAGCCACCUUUGGGCCACCGGGUCUGGUCACACCCGAGGCGAGCAUCAUUCCCUCAGUCCUGGCCAAGACGAGCACGGUCAUCAACCCAGUCAUCUAUGUCUUCAUGAAUAAACAGUUUUACAGAUGUUUCCAAGCACUGCUGCAUUGCGAGGCUCCUCGACGAGGCUCCAGCUUAAAGAGCUCCUCCAAGGUCGCCACCAAGGCCAUAAGGGGUGGGCCAGUCACUGGCCCCCGCCGUACCAACGACUUCCUAUUCAUGGUAGCCUCCUUGGGUCAACCAGCUGCCACAGUGCCCCAGCUGGGUCCAGCCUUUGAACCCACCAUUGAUAUCACCAAAGCUCCAUCUUCAGACAACAAACCUGUUGUAGUAUCACUAGUGGCCCACUUUGAUGGGUGAUGAUUGGCUAUAACCAUGAAAUCCCAAAGCCCCCAGCCAGAGAGGCAUUAAUUGUGAGACAGGUGGUGUUACCAAGGCUAGGAGAGCUGCAGCCUGUCAGUCCAGGUGUAUUUAACGCAGCUGUUCUGCCUCAGCUCUGCCCCGGCUAUUAGACAUGAUGGACCAGUAACAAAAGGGAAAUCUUGGACUGCCUUUGGACACUAUGAGCAGAAAUCAGAGGCAGUAAACCUGCAGAAGCAGGCAGUUUGUAUUUCUCUGCAGACAGAAAGUAUAUAUCUGUCUAGCUAAGAAUGAGCAUUUUAAGGAUGAGAAAGCACUAUCAGAUUGUUAUGGUAACAGAAGAGAAAUUGAAGGGAUCAUUUAUUUUGUGAGUGCAGAAAGAGGGAUAAGAUGUAUUUUUGUAUUGAUUAGUUAGUGACUGUGGUUACAUGAAGUUGAAGACCACAAGUCUUUCCUAAAGUAGACAAGAUAAAAAAAAUAUACAAGAAAAUAGUCAGAGUUAUAAGAAUGUACUGGUAAUGAUUUUUAAUGAAGAAUCAGUCUUUUGAUCUUUUAUUCCCUGUCAGUAAUUUUUAUUUAAUUCAUCACUUGACACUUUAUAAUGCAUAAGUGGUUUUCAAUUAAGUGGUUUAAUAAGUGGUUUGUUGUACAUGUAGCAUUGCUAGCAUGCUAGCUGCAUUCAUGUUUUUUGUAAGAAAUAGUGACUUCAGGGUCACAGAUAGGUGCAUGUUGGAGAGUAACGGUAUAGUUUCUUCAAUAAGGACUGUGCAUGUACACUGUUUGAGUAUGAUAUGCAAAUUAGGUCAGAGAAAUGCAGUAAUGAGAAAUUGUUGAACUUCUCAGUGGUAUUUGGUAAUGUUCAGUGGAUAGCACUGAUGCAGAUACUUGGUGUAGCCCAAAAAAGUCCUAGAAAAUGUAUGCUCCUGUGAGAUCAAACUUUUUGGCUGUGCUGGGUUUGGUCAAACCCAAACUUCAUGGUACCCUGCAUAACUAAAGCACAGUUGGGGUCACAAGCCCCCUGAUGUAACAGUCAUCUUCAAACAUCCAUGAAACUAUUACCAGUUCAGUGUCCUCGCUCAUGGGCACAUAGUCUGCAGUGCAUGUGGACAGAUAUCAGCAUCUACUCAUAAUUUACACGAUAUUCAAACUAUUUGCUUCCUCAAAAGUCUGUUUACUGUGUUUAGCAGUCUUUGAGCAAUUGGUUUAAUCACAGAAAAUGUAAAAAUCCUGACAAUAAACAGAAAUGCUUCUACAGUAUUUCCCAGAGUAUGACAAAGGACGUUACCUAAGGCAACAAAUAUCUUAUAAGUGGGAUAAGUUCUGUAUAUAUUGUUUGCCAUGUGCUUGUCUGCAUCUUGUUCAAUUUUUUGAUAAUUGAUUUGAUUCUUUUUCCUUCUCAUAAUACAAUGACAGCCGGGGUUUCUGAGAGCAGUGCAUCAAGACUGUGUUGUCAGUGAAUGUUGAAGCUAUCAGUGGUGUGGUACUUUCACUACUGCAUACGAUUACAGUGUGUGCAAUUUUUUGUAAUUCACUUCUAGCACACUAUCUGUUUUUGUAUGUGCCAUCAAGAUCUUGUAUACAUCAAUGUACAGUAUGUGAGUUGAUACCAAAGCUGAAGAAAUUUAAAUAUUUUUUGAGGGGUGCUGUCCAAUAAAAGUUUGUAUUUAAAACAA